AAUACUACAACUAAGUCAACAGCCAGAACUAUUAUUUUUGAUGUUUCAAAGCCAGUAACUACAUUAUUAAACACCAAUAUGAAAAACGAAACUCAAUAUUCUUCCUCAAAAACCAGCAACGUCAAUCAGACUCUCCCAUCCUCUACAAAGUCUGUUGUGGAUGAUGUACAGAAACCGGUGCCUUCUCUUCAACCCACACUUAAGAAGAAAAAUACUACUACUAAGUCAACAGCCAGCACUAUUAAUCAUGAUGUUUCAAAGCCAGUUACUACAUUAUUAAACACCGACAUGAAAAACCAAACAAAAUAUUUUUCCUCGAAAAUGAGCAAUGUCAAUCAGACUCUCCCAUCCUCUACAAAGCCUGCUGUGGAUGAGGUUCAGAAUCCUGUGCCUUCUCUUCAACCCACACUUAGCAAGAAGAACAACAUUACUACUAAGUCAACAGCCAGCACUAUUAAUCAUGAUGUUUCAAAGCCAGUAACUACAUUGUUAAACACCCAAAUGAAAAACCAAACGAAAUCUUCUUCCUCGAAAACGAGCAGUAUCAAUCAGACUCUCCCAUCCUCUACAAAGCCUGCUGUGGAUGAGGUUCAGAAUCCUGUGCCUUCUCUUCAGCCCACACUUAGCAAGAAGAACAACACUACUACUAAGUCAACAGCCAGCACUAUUAAUCAUGAUGUUUCAAAGCCAGUAACUACAUUGUUAAACACCCAAAUGAAAAACCAAACAAAAUCUUCUUCCUCGAAAACUAGCAGUAUCAAUCAGACUCUACCAUCCUCUACAAAGCCUGCUGUGGAUGAGGUUCAGAAUCCUGUGCCUUCUCUUCAACCCACACUUAGCAAGAAGAACAACACUACUACUAAGUCAACAGCCAGCACUAUUAAUCAUGAUGUUUCAAAGCCAGUAACUACAUUGUUAAACACCCAAAUGAAAAACCAAACAAAAUCUUCUUCCUCGAAAACUAGCAGUAUCAAUCAGACUCUACCAUCCUCUACAAAGCCUGCUGUGGAUGAGGUUCAGAAUCCUGUGCCUUCUCUUCAACCCACACUUAGCAAGAAGAACAACACUACUACUAAGUCAACAGCCAGCACUAUUAAUCAUGAUGUUUCAAAGCCAGUAACUACAUGGUUAAACACCCAAAUGAAAAACCAAACAAAAUCUUCUUCCUCGAAAACUAGCAGUAUCAAUCAGACUCUACCAUCCUCUACAAAGCCUGCUGUGGAUGAGGUUCAGAAUCCUGUGCCUUCUCUUCAACCCACACUUAGCAAGAAGAACAACACUACUACUAAGUCAACAGCCAGCACUAUUAAUCAUGAUGUUUCAAAGCCAGUAACUACAUUAUUAAACACAGACAUGAACAACAAAACUCAUCAAACUUCCUCCAAAAAUAGCGACAUCAAUCAAACUCUCCCAUCCACCACAAAGCCUGCUGUGGUUGUUGUCCAGAAACCUCUGAAAGACAAACCUGCAGUGAUUUCACCUAUUAAAGUAGUCAUCACUGAGGGUUGCAUUCAAAAGAAGCAUCAGACAGAUGCUGUUAAUGAAACCAAAGCACAAGAAACUGAGCUAAAUUUGAAGCCUGGAUUUCCUCUGGUUGUGACCCAUCGUAUAAACCUGGUGCCAGGAGCCUGCACAGAAGGUUGUGAAACAGAGAUGGCUGCACUGAGGGAUAGGGUUGAGCUACUUGAGAAGGAGAUGUCAACUCUUAAGAAGAUGUGUAUUCAGUGCUCAGAAGAGCAGUGCCCUAAAAACUGUAGUGGCCAUGGCAAGUGUGAAGAAGGAAAGUGUUUUUGUCUCCAAGGCUUCAGUGGUCCAGACUGCAGUGGCACAACAUGUCCCUCUAACUGCAACAAAAAAGGGAAGUGUGUGAAGGGCAAGUGUGUGUGUCAGACUGGUUAUACAGGCAUAGACUGCAGUAACGCUGCUAAAGAGAAAGUCCAAGUAACUGUUGAAACUGUGACUAUGAAGAUAUCCUCUAAGAACAACACUGCUCAGCCGGAUCAAUCUGUUAAGACAAAGCCAGACAAGACCAUAUUUGGGAAAAAGACAGAUAUAAAGGAACAAAAGAAAGACAAACCAACAGUGACAAUUGGGCAAGCUCUGCUAAAGCACAAAGGUGAACGGCAGCAAGAGUUAACAGCAAAGGGCAAAACAACAGUGGUAAAACUGAGUUUGGACAAACAAUCAGAAGUUGAUCUCAAGUUGAAAACCAACAAAAAUAAAGAGUCCACUGACAAAUCCAGUUCAAAGAAACAUAAUCAUAAAGAUCAGUCUGUCUUUCAGAAUGUGACUCAAAGAAUUGAGAAGAAGGUUAUUGGAACUUCCAAAGUUCUACAGAGCUUGGGCACCAAAGGAACCUUGAAUGUAACAACAUCCAAGAGAAAAGCCCUUAUGAAAACAGCAGGUGAUCAAGGGAAAGUAAGCAAGACUGAUGUUGGAUCUACUGAAAAAGAAAAGAAGCUGAAUGUCAAUGUAACAACAACUCUCAAAGUUGAGAAGAGGUCUGAUAAGCAUGUAAAUGAGACAAGUAUUGAAUCCAAAACUCCCACAAAGCAUUUCAACACAACUAGAAGCAGAUCAUUAGUUAUUGGAUCAGUUGAUGUUCAUAAUAUCACAUCCACUGGGUUCAUUAUGUCUUGGGAAGCACCUCUAGACACAUUCAAGAACUUCACUGUAACAAGAAGGGAAAUCUCGGCAGGAAAUGAUGUACAAGAAUAUUCCGAUAAAAAUCGGGAUGGUGCAGUGAAAGUGGGAGACAAAGGCCCAGUGGCUAGAAAUGUGACAGAGGUCCAAAAGCCUGGUCCAAAUAGAACUUUUACUUCAGUCCACAGUAGUAAGCUUGAUGGGAGGCCUGUGAAAAAGUUCUCGCAGGUUCUCACUGGUACUGCGCGCUCCUAUCAUUUUAAAGGCCUACAGCCUCAAACACGGUACUCAGUUUCCCUGUAUGGCUCUGGUCUUGGAACACGAUCCAAAAUUCACCGCCUUACAUUAUCCACAGGCCCUGAGCCACCCACUGACCUGAUGUUCAGCAAUAUUACAGAAACCACACUCUCCGUUUCCUGGACAAAACCUAAAAGCAUUUCCGCAAAAUUUAAAGUCACAUACGCCAACACUGAAAAUGGUGAGAGUGGCUCCAUGUCUGUUGACUCCCAACUGUCCCAUGUUCUCCUGUCUAAACUCUCUGCUGGUUCAACUUAUGAUAUCACUGUGAUCUCAGUCACUGAGUCAGUAGAGAGUGAGCCAAUCACAGCUUCUGUCACAACAGUGCCUGAUUCUCCUACUGAACUGAAGGCAUUGAUCAUAUCAGACACUAAAGCUCUGCUGGUAUGGAAGCCGUCUCAGGCUAAAGUGGACAGCUACAUCCUUAGUUAUGGAACUACAAAAUCUCCUAAUGUGACUGUCACAGUGACAUUAUCUGGCAGUACUGUGGAGCAUCAGCUCAGAGGCCUGCAACGAUCUUCUCUUUACAUUGUGAAAAUCACAAGUCAAGUCAACCGGCUCCAGAGUAGUGCAGUCUCCACAACCUUCACAACAGGAAGUGGAGUGAAGCUUCAGGUAGUGACUCCUAAUGAGCUGACCUUCCACUCAGCUGUGAUUUCAUGGAAGGCUCCCCGCGUGCCUUUUAAAAGUUAUAGACUCACAUACCAACUGAGAGAUGAAGUCAAGGAGGUGAUUUUAAAUCCAUAUGUGACCCAGUUUGAGCUGACUGGACUGGAAGCCUUCUCAAACUACACUGUGAAAAUAGAUGGAGAAAGAGAUGGACAGUACAUCAGUUUUGUCUCUGCUGAGUUUACAACUGCCCCGCUCCCGUACCAAUACCCCACAGACUGCUCAGAGGUGCAGAUGAAUGGAAUGAAGGACUCGGGAGAGGCUGAGAUCUAUCCUGAAGGGAAGGAUGGAGAGCCAGUGUGGGUCUACUGUGACAUGGAGACAGAUGGAGGAGGCUGGACAGUAUUCCAGAGGAGAAUGGAUGGAUCUACUGAUUUCUUCAGGAGCUGGAGAGACUAUAGUAAAGGCUUUGGUCUGCUGAGUGGGGAAUUCUGGCUGGGAAAUUACAUCCUUCACUCUCUAACCAGCCUUGCACCAAUGAGCCUGCGUAUUGACCUGAGUUCAGGAAAUGACACAGCCUAUGCUUAUUAUGCCAACUUCAACAUCAGCUCUGAGGCUAAUCACUAUGCACUAGAGCUGUCUGGAUACUCUGGCACUGCUGGUGAUUCCAUGAAAUAUCACAACGGUCGACCAUUCUCCACGAAAGACAAAGACCCAAACACUCUUAGCAUCCACUGUGCCAAGGCCUACUUUGGAGGAUGGUGGUAUAAAAAUUGCUACAAGGCAAAUCUCAACGGCCUCUAUGCUGCCUUCUCAAACAACAAGGGUGUGGUGUGGAUAGACUGGAAGGGCAAAGACGCAUCUAUCCCAUUCACUGAGAUGAAGCUUCGUCCCUCCUAUCUGAGUCAAUUGGCCCCGACAACCCCAACAACCCAAGGUUAAUUCUACAAUGAAUAGUAGGCACUCCUAACAAAUACACUGUACAGCUCUCUUACACAAUGCUACUUCAUUAUUGUAUAUAGGUCAACAACAUACACAUGAACUCUCUCAAGGACAAUAUAUAUCACUGUGUUUUUAUUCCAUUAUAUCAUGCUUGUUACAAGCUUUUAAUAUCUGUAUUCCUCCAUAAUAUCUUAUUGUGGUUAAACAAAAAUUGUAAUCAAAUUGGAUAGAAAGUGAAUGUCACAACCUCCAGUCAAUCAAAACUUUUUUUAUAUAGUAUAAUUUUUUUAUUAUUUGUGUGUGUUUUUUAAAUGUAGUGCUAAGAAAUGUGUAUCAAUACAUGUGUCAAUGUCAAGUAAAGCGUUAACAUUAUGAAGGUCGAUAUUCCUCAACAUUACAGCUACUGGAAUGACUGCACUGUUUUGCUCUAUUGGUUUGAAAUGUUAGACAAAAGACAUAAGCAUGUCCUGUUCAUAUGACUGGUUUAGAGUUCCUCUCUGUGUCGGGUUUAUGUCGGGUUUACUUUUGAUGUCUCAAGUUUUGUAUGCAAAAUCAAUAAAACA